GGCGUUCCGUAAGUCGCGGGGCCCGGAGUUUACCUUCCUGGCAUACGUCUUCGUCGUUCUCACGUUUGAAUCUAAAGAACAAAAGCGAUUUUUUCUCCUGGAGCAUUCUUCGUUUAGGUCAUCGAGAGGUAGGUCGUGGAGGAGUUGAUUUUCUUCAAUUCUUUUGUUUCAUUACCAUAGUCGAAGCUGCAAAUUUUGUUUCUUCCAGCAAUUCCGAAUAGUUGACCUGGUUGUAAGGAUCUUUUUCAUAUAUCCGACGCAAAGGCUGUCUUUCUAGGUUUUUUUUAUUAGGUUUAGUUUAGUGUAAUCCGCCAUGGGAUUUUCCGAGAUUCUCGAGAUGCACUUUAUUUGUGGAUUAAGAAAGUGGAGUACAAUGAAAGAAUAUGGAAAUUGGCUUUUCGUUUAUACUGGAUCAGUGGUAGUCUUUGUUGCUUAAUUUGUAACUUACUGAGAAGGAUUUGGAUUUGAUCAAGUUUAAUGUAGUAGCGUUCCUAUUUGUACCUGCGAGUCGAGUCUCAGUUUUCAUUUAUCUGCUACAACAAAAUUGAGGGUUUCUACGCUUUAGAGGCUCGAAAAUGGAUAGUUCUGGUCUGGGAGGCGGAUUUCUGUCUGGUAAUGGGGGGUUAUUAGAUCUGGAGUCUCCAAUUCGAAGGCAUCAACAGACCCAGUUGAUCAAUACCUCAUUGACACACAGACAUCACUUGAAGAUGAUGAAUACUUUGGAAGGUGAUCACCAGUCCGUUGGGAUUAUGGACACAAAAAGAUUGGGACACAAAGAUCUAUCGAUGACUUUCACUAAAGGGAAAGCAAUUGCCUCUGGUGGCGUCACAAACAACAGUAACACGAGUGAAGAAGAUGAGCCUAGUUUUACUGAGGAUGGCGAGUGCACUGAAUUUUUGAAGGGCAAAAAGGGCUCUCCAUGGCAGAGAAUGAAGUGGACAGAUGACAUUGUGAGGCUUCUCAUAGCAGUGGUUGCUUGUGUGGGUGAUGACGGUGAGGCUGGAAUGGGCUCGAAGAGAAAAUCUGGUAUUCUACAAAAGAAGGGAAAAUGGAAAAUGGUGUCGAAGAUUAUGAUAAGUAAGGGGUGUCAUGUUUCUCCCCAGCAGUGUGAGGACAAAUUUAACGACUUAAACAAAAGAUACAAGAGAUUGAACGAUAUUCUUGGCAGGGGAACCAGUUGUAGAGUUGUGGAGAACCCUGCACUCAUGGAUUCAAUGCCUCACCUCUCAAGUAAAGUCAAGGAUGAUGUAAGAAAAAUAUUAAGCUCAAAACACUUAUUUUAUAAGGAAAUGUGUGCUUACCAUAAUGGACAAACAAUUCCUGGUUGCCAGGAUGUUGAUUUCCAAGGUAAGAUUUUGCCUGUUGUUAAUUUCUCGAAAGGAAAUAAUGAGUCAGAAGAGGCUGAUGACAGUGAUAGUGACAGUGAUGAAUCAGAUAAUGAGGAUGAUCAUUAUCCCGAAGAAAAUAGAUUAUGGCCGGCUGAAUCUCGUGGCAGGGAUAAAGCGAGUGCAGAUGAUGGUCCUCUUUGGUCAAUUACUUCUGCACAAAAUGAAUUUGAAGGUCAAAUUGAUGUUUUUCUUUCGGAUCCAACAAAGCCCCAAUGGGAGCGCAGAGAUUGGAUUAAAAAACAGAUGCUACAACUUCAGGAGCAAUGUGUAAGUUUCCAGGCUCAAUCUUUUGAACUUGAGAAACAACGUUUCAAAUGGUUAAGAUAUUGCAGUAAGAAGAGUAGGGAUUUGGAGAGAAUGAGACUUGAAAAUGAGAGGAUGAAAAUAGAUAAUGAGCGGAGAGUACUGCAACUGAAGCAGAAGGAAAUGGAACUGGAAUUUAAAAGGUCUGAUUCAUCCUUCGGGCCAACCCUUGGCAUUGAUAGAAUUCAAGGGUGAGAUCAAAUUGAUUUGGGUAUCCAUUGAAAGCACACGAAAAACCGAAAAAGCCAUCCAUGUUUCAGAGUUGUGUUGCACGGGAUUUUUAUGAUGCGAACAAAUCCUUUUAAGCCAAAUGUUUGUUAUCAUGCUAACCUUGUAAGCAUGUUUAUACUUUUAUUUCAUUUUAGGAUGGGCCUUUUCUUCUUUUUGGUCCUUGGAACUUUCUGCUGUAAAGUUCAAUGAUUAAUGUUAAUUGGUUCAGUUUCCAAUCGUUUCUGUUUUUUUCCUUCUUGAAGUACACCCAUCUCUUUCUGAAGGAUAUAGACUUAGAAUUUGUGGGAUUCUAUGGAUUUAUGUUAACAUGCCAGUCUGGUAGAACUACUUGUUCUGACGAACAAUGUUGAAGCUCUUAUUCCAUUCGUGGAUCAUCUCAGAUUCUCAGUUUUGGAGGUAAUCAAUGAGAGUUGGGUAGGCAAUAAUAGGCUGAACAUGGUGUCCAUUGUUGUAACUUUUGCAGACAGACCACAAGAAUGGAGAGUAUGAUUAAUUGUUUCUUUCCUUGCACGCCAUGUAUCUUAGCUCCAUGCUCUGUUCAUUCUUCUCUCCCACUCAUAUUUUCUCACUUUUGGCCAUUUCUUUGACAGAUCGCAGACUUUAAUAGCUAUCAGCGGGAGGGGGCGCCCUUCAGAAAAUGAUUGAACGACAAAAUCAUGGCAAUGGAUGAACUCUCUUUUCUGACAGUGUCAGCUGCGGUUUUACUGAGAUGAUCAUCCAAAAAAGUUCCCAAAUAAUGAGUUUUCAAGUGUAAUCUUUUGACCUCCAUUACACACCGUACUGAGAAACACGCUGUUAAGUUGAACUUAAUAUAGAGUUUUCUUUAA